AUGGUGCAGUACCUUCUCUCCGAGUCGGCCUCAGGCUACGCCCUGUUCGAGGUGCUGGAGUCCGAUGUCAUCGCGUCGCAAGUCGACGCGGUGCAGCAGGCCAUCAUGGAGUACCCGCGCUUCUCGAAGAUGGUGAAGCUGUCGGCCUUCGCGCCGUUCCGCUCCGCCGAGCACGCGCUGGACAACGCCAACCAGAUCUCCGAGGGCGCGGUGUCCGACUUCCUGCACAACUUCCUGGAGACCAACCUGCCGCUGCCCAAGAAGAAGUCCAAGAAGGCCCCGUCCGUCAGCCUGGGCGUCAGCCGGGACCCCAAGCUCAAGUCCUCCAUCUCCGAGGCGCUCAACGCCGCCGUGCAGAUCGUCGCCGACGACGACUCGGACGAGCUGCUGCGCGGCGUCCGUACCCAUUUCGAUAAGUUCAUCGCGGGCCUCAGCCCCACCGACGCUGUCAAGGCCCAGCUCGGUCUGGCCCACUCCUACUCUCGCUCCAAGGUCAAGUUCAACGUCCACAAGUCGGACAACAUGAUCAUCCAGUCCAUCGCCCUGUUGGAUCAGCUCGAUAAGGACAUCAACACUUUUGCCAUGCGCGUGCGCGAGUGGUACUCUUGGCAUUUCCCGGAGCUGGUCAAGGUCGUGCCGGACAACAUCCAAUACGCGCGCGUCAUCCGCGUCGUCAAGAACAAGGGCGACCUCACGGAAGAGUCCAUCCCGGCCAUUGAUGAGAUCCUCAUGGACGAGCAGUGCUCGAGGGAUGUGCUGGACGCUGCCCGUUCCUCCAUGGGGACCGAUGUGUCGCCCGUUGACCUCAUCAAUAUCGAGCUCUUUGCUGCUCGCGUCGUCAACCUUGCAGAGUACAGAGCCAACUUGCACGACUAUCUCAUCUCUAAGAUGAGCGCUGUCGCGCCUAACCUGGCCGCCCUCAUCGGCGAGCAGGUCGGCGCAAGGCUCAUCUCGCAUGCGGGCUCGCUUACGUCGCUCGCGAAGUAUCCAGCCUCCACUGUUCAGAUCUUGGGCGCCGAGAAGGCCCUAUUUCGCGCUCUCAAAACCAAGGGGAAGACCCCGAAGUAUGGCCUUUUGUACCAUUCCACAUAUAUCGGCAGGGCAAAGACCAAGAAUAAGGGACGGAUUUCUCGUUAUUUGGCGAACAAGUGCUCCAUUGCGUCAAGAAUGGAUUGCUUUUCGGAUAUAUCCACCGAUGUGUUUGGGAAAAGACUCAAAGAGCAGGUUGAGGAACGCCUCAAGUUUUAUGAGACUGGCGCGGCCCCGCGAAAGAAUGCAGAUGUCAUGCACCAAGCUGCAUUAGAAGCGGCCGCCGAAGGGCCACAGGACGACAAAGAAGAUGAGGAUGACACCUUCACCACUCCGAGUGGAGACAAGAAGGAGUCGAAACGGGACAAGUCAUCGUCCAAGAAGGAAAAGUCCUCCAAGAAGGAAAAGAAGCGUAAGAGAGAGGGGAAGGAGAGCACGGAAAAGAAGAAGAAGAAGAAGAAGAAGAAGACAGAGUCGUAGAACUUCUUUAAUCGCAUUCCUCUUGUAAAUGAUCACGAUUCGUCCUAA